UUACAAAUUCAACGUUUUUCUUACCUCCAAUUUAACUUUUUGUAUAUUUACUCUUUUAAAUAAAAAACAUGAAUUCAGGCAGUUCAUCCAAUAAUGUCUUUCCACAUGCGUCGCUGCCGCCCUUGCGAGAUGAAACCGAGGACCUACCAAGCUACGAAGAAACACUAGAAACGAUUUCCCGCAAACAAUACAUAUUGAAAUAUCCGCAGCUCUUGUCCCGCACAAUACAUGCGAUAGAUUCUGAUACAGGGAGGCCCGGGUAUAUGAAAAAGGCUAAGGGGUUGUCGAUAUCAAAAACACAGUUUUACAAAAUGGACAGUGGUGCGGCAACAGCGGCAGGGUCUUUAAUGUGGAGUUGUCAGAGGGAGAGACAGGGGUUUGAACUUGUGUUUAGUCGACCAUGUGCUUCAGAGCCUCGGUCACGGUCUAGGCCAGCGUCAGCACUAGAGUCUACGUUGAUACCUCCAUCUCCAGCGGCACCAGAUGUUUUGAUGCCGGACCUGGUUGAAGAUGAUAUAGGCACCCAGAUACUAUUGGACAACAAGGAAGCAGAGCAGCAGGAACAGAAUACCAGAGAGUACAGGAACGAAGAGGCACCGCCGCCAGCGUACGAAGAAAACGAACCCAAUCGGUUAGAGGAAAUACGUCUGAUUUCCACCAACCCCUUUCCAUUCACCUAUGAUUUCACAUUUCCUGAAGACCAAGGCAAUCGGCUGCGGUGGACGCGUAAUCAGGAGGCGAAGGAUGCUGGCGAGGUGUCGGAGGAGCGGCCAUGGAGAGAGUUUGUUUGCGUGGAGAGGUUGACUGGUCGAAUGUUGGCUGAGGUUGUAAGGCGUAAAAAGAGGGAUCCGACUUUGGGCACUUUGGUCAUCCAUGGUGAUUUGGACCCUGGGUUGCAUGAGCUUUUGGUUUUUUCGGCGGUAACUGUAAUUGAGGAGUACCCAAUGAGGUGCCUAGCUUAUUUGGGUCGCGGCGAGUCUUAGUGGUUUUAAAACAAGAUUAUAUGGCUUCUUUAAUAUUGAUGUGACAUUGUCUUUUACUUGUU